AAGAAUCUCCAUUAUUAUUUAAAUCCCCUCCCUUCAAGUGUGAACAGUUAUGUUUUCCACUCAUCUGGUGCAUUUAUCAGAUGGUGCCAUGUUUCCUCGGAGAGCAUUGAAUGUCAGUGGAGCUCGGGUUACACCAAAGUCGGUCAAUAACUCCGGGCCCCUGCACAAAACGUUUAAGUGACCACAAGUGAUCAAGAUGUUCCUGUUGUUGUUUGCUGAUCUUAGGUCUGGAUGCCACGUUUUUUGAGUUGACCGGUUUAAUGACUCGAACUUAAUUUGCGCCCUCGGAGAGAGGAGAGUGCCAAAAAAAUGCAAGCGAAAAAAUGCGAAUCAACAAGGCAGACAACACCCAACGGCAAAAACUCGGCCUGGAGAGAAAGAGAGCGCGGCAGCGACGCGUCUGGGGGCUUACAAUUGUGGUCAAAAUUAUAGCAGUUCUUAUCAAUGAAGAGAUUAAAUUAAUGGUUGUGUAA